AUGUAUCAUUACUCCAGUCCUCCGCCCGGGUGGUCAGCCUACGACUACACUCAAUCGCCUCCCACCUCUCCCCAAUACGCCUACUACGCCUCUCAGUACGCCAACACCUACGCUUCACCCCGGGGCACCUCGCGACGACACAACCGCAAGGCCAGUUACACGACCACCAAAGAAACACCGUGGUAUUCAUCGGGCUACCCACAAGGCUACUAUGAAACAACUCCAGACCAUGGCAUUCCACCGCGAAAGCACGAUCAUGUAAGUGCUUCUUAUGCGGAAAAGCCCAUACACCGAUAUCCCUCGACCGGUCAUCCUACGGGGGAUGGCUUCGGUAAUGGAUACUGCCCGUCGCAAUCGCAGGCUCGACCCAUCUACGUAGAUGUGGUCGACGAAGCAUUCGAUGUCCCGCGCCCCAACGCCCGCAAGCCCCGUACCGGUCGCCCAGGCCAUCCCCCGGCCUCGAACCCCACUCGAGAAGGCUCUAGCCAACAUCGUCGCGCCACCUCGACCUCUAAUCGCAAAUCAAAUCCAGCUGAUUCCCAUUUUUACUUCACACAGGAUAUUAACAACGAGGAUAUCGAAGCGGCCCGACGCUCCCGAACCAGGCGCCAAUCCACAUCAACGCGCACUCCCAGCAAACCCAAACCACCACCUGCCACCGCCAAACCGCCACCCACCGCCACCGAACAUGACGCCGAGGCCGCAGGGAUCCCAGCAGGCUAUUCGAUCAAAAACUGGGACCCAACCGAAGCGCCGAUCAUUUUGCUUGGUAGUGUGUUUGAUGCGAACUCCCUCGGAAAGUGGAUCUACGACUGGACCAUCUUUCAUCAUGGGGCAUCGACGCCCAUGGCCGAUGUCGCGGGCGACUUGUGGCUAUUGUUGAUCAAGCUGGCGGGCAAAGUAAAGAGGGCGGAUGAAUGCCUCCCUCGCAUUCAACGCGUGGAGGCGCAGGAAGUUGUGGAAGAUUUCCUGGAAAGUGGCGAGCGCCUCUGGUCCCGAUUCAAGAAGCUUCUUAAGAGCUGCGAACUUUACAUGUGGAAGGCCGCCAAGCGAGAAGGUGGCAAAGGGCCCGUCUCAAUGGGUCGCAAUGCUGGUUGUGAAUUUGUCGAAUCGAUUUUCGGUCGUGACCGUGAGCUUGAAAAUACCGAGAAGCUCAUGAAUAGUAUUCGACUUUGGAAUAUGCGAUUCGACGCCAACUGCGAUGACAUUCUGCGCCGACCGGCGGCUGCUUAG